AUGAUUUGGAGUAUUUGUUAUUUUUGUUGUGGUUGUUGUUGCGAUAGUGGUAACAAUAAUAAUGAGUUUAUCGACAAUUUCCAACAGGAACCGGGAGCUGUAGAAAGAGGCCAACAUUUAGUCCAUACAACCCGUGGCUAUACUAUCUGUUCCCGUGAUUACGAUUGUUUACCGACCAGUCAUGAGAUACAAGAGCUUCGAAAGAAGUUAACAAAAACCACGUCUUAUGUCUACAGCCGUCCGUUCACUGAAAUGUCCAAAAUUACUGAUUAUUUAUUUAUGACUAGUUUUGGAGGUAUUUGCGAGGAAUCCAUUAGAAAAAAUAAAAUCGCAUUUAUUGUAAGCGUCACUCACGAAACACCCUUAUAUAAAGUGGACGGCAUUCACAAUAUUAGGAUUCCUGCAGAAGAUCAUAGAACUGAAAAUAUAUAUAAAUAUUUUGAUGAUAUAUCCGAUAUAAUUACAGAAAUGGAGACAAAAGAAGUGGUAACACUAGUUCAUUGUCGAUUAGGGCGAAGCCGAUCGGCCACUAUAACGAUGGCACAUUUAAUGAAAAGUCAAAGAAUGUCUUUGGAUUUAGCCUACGAUUUGGUCAAAAGUAAGCGUCCAUUUAUUGGCGUCAAUCCUGGAUUUAUCCGACAAUUAUUGAAAUAUGAAAUCUAA